CGUCACUCUUCCCAAGUAGGAAGUGGCGGGUGUGUGAUUUGGAUCUUUCGUUGUUGUUGUUUUUACCUUUCAGUUUCCAAUUAAAAAUAUCGAUGAUUUAUUUAGUAAAAUGAAUGUUCGGCUGCCUCGCACAUGGACAACUGUGCUGCACUUAAUCGUGAUCUCAGGGCUGAUCGUGGAGGCCAUAGAGCCCGUGUCCACCUCGCUGCUGCUGGGGACAGGAGCUGCAGUGCUGGGCACAGUGGGCAGGAAACUCUAUCACUAUUUAUAUGAAACAUGUGAUGAAAACUGGCUCAACUUUAAUGCAGCAGGACUGAAGAAUGACCUCGACAGGAAGCUGUACGGACAGCAUGUUGCGGCUCAAGUCAUCCUGAAAGCCGUCACAGGCUUCAUGAACAACAAAAACCCAAAGAAACCACUGGUUCUGUCCCUCCACGGCUCGACUGGGACUGGGAAGACCUUUGUGAGCCAACUUAUAGCAGAAAAUAUUUACAUUCAAGGGAUAAAGAGCAACUUUGUUCAUCUGUUUACAGCGACAGCACACUUUCCUCACGAGGCACACAUUGACAAGUACAAGACACACUUACAGGAGUGGAUACGAGGGAAUGUUUCCAUAUGUCCUCGUUCGAUGUUCAUCUUUGAUGAAAUGGAUAAAAUGCAUCUCGGGCUGAUGGACAGUAUUAAACCUUACCUGGACUUCUCAGACAACCUCGACGGAGUCUCUUAUAGACAGGCCAUCUUCAUCUUCCUCAGCAAUGCUGGGGGUGAGAUGAUCAAUAAGGUGACUGUGAAAUUCUGGAGGGAUGGUAGAGAAAGAGAGGAGAUCCAGCUGAGGGAUCUAGAGACAGAACUUUCACAGUCAGUCUUCAGAAACGAAGGCAGUGGUUUAAGGAACAGUGUUUUAAUUGAUAAGAAACUGGUGGAUUUCUUCGUGCCGUUUCUUCCUCUGGAGUACAAGCACGUCAUUCAGUGUGGUUUGGCUGAGAUGGCCAGUCAGGGUUUCACCCCAACAAACAUUGUGAUUAAAAGAAUGGCUGAUGACCUAAUCUUCUUCCCUAAAGAGGAGCGUGUCUUCUCGGUCCAGGGCUGUAAGCUCAUUGCCAACAAAUUGCACUUUUAUAUAUAACACCAGUGUUGGGGAAAGUUCCUUUUAAAAGUAAUGCACUACAAUAGUGCGGUACUCUCUUAAAAAGUAAUUAAUUACAUUAGUUACUUUUUACUGAAAGUAAUGCAUUACUUUCACAUUACUUUUUAAGUAUGAGCAGGGCUUGAUAUGUUUUUAAUAUAAGAAGUUCUGUUUAUAUCAAAUGUAAAAGUCCUUUCACACCAAAAAGAGUAAUGAAUAAACCUCAGGCUGAAGGAAAAGUAAAUUCACAUCUGUAAAGUAGAACACAGGAGAAGAAGAUUCAACACUCUUCAGUAAUAAAACAACAAUGAAACACAAUUAUUAGUUUAUAUGAAGUAAUUUUUGCUUAUUAGUAUGGUUGAACCGGAUCAUCAAAUGUCAGCAACAAUGACAUUAUUUAAUAAAAUGGCAUUAGAUACAUUUGUGUUAUUUAACAUUUAAUUAUUGCAGGUUGGCAUCUUAUUCCGAGUUUGAAUUUCACUGUCUUAAUUCAUUUUGAUUAUUUGAUUCAUUUGACUGAUACAAAAUCUUUUUUUUUUUUUUUUGCAAGUGGGAUGAAUUAAUGCACAUUCAAAUUUAGUCUAGCGCACAAAACGCUUCUAUACAUUUCACAUUUGAUUUCUCUCAAUAUUGGGACAGGAGACUUGUCAAACUGGAAAACAAAGUAACUGCUGUUACUUUUUUGAAAAAGAAACUCAAAUAUUUUAUUGUAAAUUUAAAAAGUAAAGCGUUACUUUACUAGUUACUUGAAAAAAGUAAUCUGUAUAGCCCCAACUCUGUAUAACACACAGAAAAAGCAUCGGCAAUUUAUCAUUCAUCAUCAUUUAAAUUAAAUUUUUAAGACAAAACACACGUUACGGGUCCAGAUUAAAAGUACCUGAAUUGUACUUUUAAUCUUUUAAUUUUGUUUUAAACAAAAGCACACAUACACUUCAGUGUCUUUCCGCAGGCACAGCUUCAUAGCGUCUCUUUAUUAUCAUUAAAAUCACAGUAACAGUUUAAUACUGAAAUCUUCAAUGUUUUCAGUUAGCCCAUUUAGUCGUAAUCACAAAUCAUGUUUCAUAUGAUGAAAAAUAUAAUUUUGUACAAUUCUUUUGUAUUUGUAUACAGAAAUAAAAUCUUCAAAGGUU